AUCCAGCGACACAGAACCCAGGCACUCCCUGCUUCGCAUCACCCCGCGACACAGGCGGGACCCCAUUUUCGUCCUGAACCCCUGGCACGGGACCUCCCAGGACAGCGAAGCAGGACGCAGCAGGUCUGGGGACCAGGGCUGUUGAUUUGGGCGGCACCUGCGGAGGGCUGUGUAACUUCUCCAGGCCUCCUGCCACUUUGGAAACUGCCUGGGACUGCGACAGCAACCCCUUAAGCCCCGCGGGCCGAGAGAGGGUGGGUUGGUUUGAAAGACACAAGGGAAAAAAAAAUGUGUUGUGGGGCGGGUUUAGUUUCCCACCCUCUUCCCUUUCCCUGAGCAAAUUAAAAACAAAACAAAUAGAAAAGCCAGCCGGCCAGCCAACCAAAGCCCCAAGCCGAGCCCCAGCCGGAGCACUCCUUUAAAAGGAUUUGCAGCGGUGAGGGAAAAACCAGAUUGGACUGAGGAAUCCUGCUGCAAACUCAGGUGUACAUCUCUGAAGUAAGAUGAUUUGUCAGAAAUUCUAUGUGGCUUUGUUGCACUGGGAAUUUCUUUAUGGGAUAGCUGCACUUCACCUGGCAUAUCCAGCUGCUCCCUGGAGAUUUAAGUUGUUUUGUGCACCACCAAACGCAACAGGGGAUGCCUUUCUCUCACCUGCCGGAAUCCCAAAGAGGGCUUCGGCUUUGAGUGGGGCUUAUGAAGCAGACAUCGAAGCUAGCUUUAACGCAAGUGGUGUCUACGUGUCUGAGUCAUCCCAAACUGUUUUCCACUGUUGCUUGGGGACUGAGCGAGGUACAAACUGCUCUGUGCUAGCAAGUAAAACUGAAGGGAAGAUGCUGGCUUCAACGGUAAAGGCUUUAGUCUUUCGCCAGCUAGGUAUAAACUGGGACAUCGAGUGCUGGAUGAAAGGGGACUUGACCUUAUUCAGUUGUCACAUGGAGCCAUUGCUUAAGAACCCCCUCAAGAAUUAUGACUCUAAGGUCCAUCUUUUAUAUGAUCUGCCUGAAGUCACAGAUGAUUUGUCCCGGGCCCCCUCGAAAGACAGUUUUCAGGCCGUGCAGUGCAACUGCAGUGUUCGGGGCUGUGACUGCGAUGUGCCAGUGCCAAGUGCCCAACUCAACCACUCUCUUCUGAUGUAUUUGGAAAUGACAGCUGCUGGUGUCACUUUUCAGUCCCCUCUGCUGUCCGUGCAGCCCUCACUUGUCGUGAAGCCUGAUCCACCGAUAGGUUUGCAUAUGGAAAUCACAGAUGAUGGUAAUUUAAAGAUUUCUUGGGACAGCCCAACAGAGGCCCAGUUUCCACUUCAGUAUCAAGUGAAAUAUUCAGAGAAUUCUACAGUUACAAAAGAGGUUACUGAAGUUGUCUCGGCUGCAUUCCUGCUGGUGCACAGUGUGCUUCCCGGAUCUUCUUACGAAGUUCAGGUGAGGAGCAAGAGGCUGGACCACUCAGGACUCUGGAGUGACUGGAGUUUGCCUCGAGUCUUUUCCAUACAAGAUGUCAUGUACUUUCCACCCAAAAUUCUGACAAGUGUCGGAUCGAACGCUUCCUUCCAUUGCAUCUACAAGAAUGAAAACCAAAUUAUUUCCUCCAAACAGAUAGUUUGGUGGAUGAAUCUAGCCGAGAAAAUCCCUGAAAUCCAGUAUAGCGCUGUGAAUGACCGUGUGAGCAAAGUUACUUUUUCCAACUUGAAAGCCACCAGGCCCCGCGGGAAGUUUGCCUAUGAUGCAGUGUAUUGCUGCAGUGGGCAGGAGUGUCACCACCGCUACGCUGAGUUAUAUGUGAUCGAUGUCAAUAUCAAUAUAUCAUGUGAAACUGACGGGUACUUAACUAAAAUGACUUGCAGAUGGUCACCCAGCACAAUCCAAUCACUUGUGGGAAGCACUGUGCAGUUGAGGUAUCACAGGAGCAGCCUGUAUUGUUCCGAUAGUCCAUCUAUUCAUCCUGCAUCUGAGCCCAAAAACUGCAUCUUGCAGAAGGAUGGAUUUUAUGAAUGUGUUUUCCAGCCCAUCUUUCUAUUAUCUGGCUACACAAUGUGGAUCAGGAUCAACCAUUCUUUAGGCUCACUUGACUCUCCACCCACGUGUGUCCUUCCUGACUCUGUAGUAAAACCACUACCUCCAUCUAGUGUGAAAGCAGAGAUUACUGUCAACAUUGGAUUAUUAAAAGUAUCUUGGGAAAAGCCUGUCUUUCCGGAGAAUAACCUUCAGUUCCAGAUUCGAUAUGGCUUAAAUGGAAAAGACAUACAAUGGAAGACACACGAUGUAUUUGAUGCAAAAGCAAAGUCUGCCAGCCUGCCGGUGCUGGACCUCUGUGCUGUCUACGUGGUACAGGUGCGCUGCAGGCGGCUGGAUGGAUUUGGGUACUGGAGUAAUUGGAGCAGGCCAGCCUACACGCUUGUCAUGGAUGUAAAAGUUCCUAUGAGAGGACCUGAAUUCUGGAGAAUAAUGGAUGGGGAUGUUACUAAAAGAGAGAGAAAUGUCACCUUGCUUUGGAAGCCCCUGAUGAAAAACGACUCCCUGUGCAGUGUGAGGAGGUACGUGGUCCAGCAUCGGACUGCCCACAAUGGGACGUGGUCAGAAGACGCAGGAGAUCAGACCAAUCUCACCUUCCUGUGGGCAGAGCAAGCACAUACGGUUACUGUUCUGGCCGUCAAUUCCAUCGGUGCUUCACUCGCAAAUUUUAAUCUAACGUUUUCAUGGCCGAUGAGUAAAGUGAGUGCCGUGCAGUCACUCAGUGCUUACCCCCUGAGCAGCAGCUGUGUGAUCCUUUCCUGGACUCUGUCACCCGGGGAUUACAACCUCAUAUACCUGGUUAUUGAAUGGAAGAACCUUAAUGAAGACGAUGGAAUGAAAUGGCUUAGGAUCCCUUCGAAUGUUAGGAAGUAUUACAUCCACGAUAACUUUAUUCCCAUUGAGAAAUAUCAGUUUAGUCUUUACCCAGUAUUUAUGGAAGGAGUUGGAAAACCAAAGAUAAUUAAUGGUUUCACCCAAGAUGGUGUGGACAAGCAGCAGAGUGACGCGGGGCUCUAUGUGAUUGUGCCCAUAAUUAUUUCCUCUUGUGUCCUGCUCCUCGGAACACUGUUAAUCUCACACCAGAGAAUGAAAAAGCUGUUUUGGGAAGACGUUCCAAACCCCAAGAAUUGUUCCUGGGCACAAGGACUUAAUUUCCAAAAGCCGGAAACAUUUGAGCAUCUUUUCACCAAGCAUGCAGAGUCAGUGAUAUUUGGUCCUCUUCUUCUGGAGCCCGAACCCAUUUCAGAAGAAAUCAGCGUCGAUCCAGCUUGGAAAAAUAAAGAUGAGAUGGUACCAGCAGCUAUGGUCUCGCUUCUUCUGACCACUCCAGACCCUGAGAGAGGUUCUCUUUGUAUUAGUGACCAGUGUAACAGUGCCACCUUCUCUGGGGCUCCAAGCACCCAGGUAACUUGUGAGGAUGAGUGUCAGAGACAAUCCUCAGUGAAAUAUGCAACGCUCGUCAGCCACUCGAAAACGGUUGAAAUGGAGGAAGAGCAAGAGCUUCUGCACGGUUCUGUCAGCAAGAGCAUCUCCAGCGAACACUCCCCACUGAGAGCAUCUUUCCCUAGCAGCUCCUGGGAGAUAGAGGCGCAGGCGUUUUUCCUGUUAUCAGAUCAGCAACCCAACACGAUUUCUCCACCAGUUUCAUCCUCGGGGUUGGAUGAACUUUUGGAACUGGAAGGGAAUUUCCCUGAAGAAGAUCCGAGUGAGAAGUCUAUCUAUUAUUUAGGGGUCACCUCCAUCAAAAAAAGAGAGACUGAUAUGUUUUUGACUGACGAUUCAGGAGUAUUGUGCCCAUUCCCAGCCCACUGUCUGUUUAGUGACAUCCGAAUCCUCCAGGAGAGUUGCUCACACUUUGUAGAAAAUAACUUGACUUUAGGAACUUCCGCUAAGAAGACCUUCGUACCUUACAUGCCACAGUUUCAAACCUGUUCCGCUCAGUCAUAAGAUAAUGGAGACGAAGAUGUGUGACCUCACUGUGUAACCUCGUUCAAGCAGUCUCUAGUGUUGUGUGCCCGUAGAGCGUAUCAUGUGGAACAUAUUCUUUUAUUGUUGUGGAUGUGGGAGACAAGCGUCAGAGUCUAGUGUGAAAAUGAUUGUUUCCAAAUUAAUUGUGUCUAUCUUCUCUCACUAACACAGACAAAACAGAGAAGGAAGCCUUCAUGAGUCUAGCGAUGUAGAUGGAUUCUCAUUGAAUAUACUGUCAAGUAGACUGGGGUGGUCUCUUAUUUCUAAGA